AGCUUCCCAUGUGAAUUGUCAUGAAUAUGCAUAUAGUUUCCCCGGUUUUGCUCUUAUUUUGGUUUGGAAUUAUCGUAACUGAUGGUAAAUUGAAAAGCGGAUUUAUUGGUGGAUCACAUCAUCAUGAAGUUAAUCCAAUCGAAGCAGCUCUACUUGUUCGGGCUCGCCUGGGUAGGUUUCGCAUGCCGCUGUUUUUUCCAGUUCACUAAGCACAGCGCAUAAUUGGAACUGAUGCUUUCUUAUUUCUUAAGAAGCCAGAUUGGAUAUUGCCUGUUCUCCUCUCUGUUAAUUGCUAGGUGUCGUUUUUUAAAGAGAAAUCAAGGAAAAAGAGGAAUCAGCAAGCCGCCAGCUGCUGUUGUUCAAGAUAUUACUAAUUGCUAGUUGAAUUGAAAAAGGAUAAGGUGGAAUGAUUUGCUUGGAAAUUAAAAGUGAAGCUUUGCUUAUUGUCGAUAAACAUUAUUAUUUGCUCACAAGAUGUAUCUUCGAAGAUUCGAAACUGUGCUAGCUGUUUAGGGCAAAACUUGAAAGUGCUGAAAUAAUUUAAUAUGGUAACUUUGUUCAAACUAAUAGCAAUUCAUAGUUCAACAAGGAGUCAUGGUCAGUUUAUUCCAUUUUUCGCAAAACUUUCACACACACUUAUGCCCAAAGUAUCGGACGUUUUUCAAAAACUUUAUGGGGGUCCAUUUUAUGACCUCUCUUUUCUUUCGCACGCUGACACCGACUAAUUCACUCCGUUUACUCAGUCACUCUCAGUUUUAGUACCUGGUGACCUUCACACCAGCGAGUGUGAUCGAGAGGGACCGAAACGAAAACGAACCGCUUUUUUCUAAAAAAUUUUUGCGGAGGAAUUUAAAAUCAAAAAUACAAUCAUUUUUGCAGGAAUCCUCAGAGAGUCACUUCGAUCCAAUAGAGUUCAAGCUUGCGAUGGAGAACGAAUCACGUUAAGCUGCCCAAGAAAUACACAGAUUUCUGUACAAACCGGGUUUUAUGGCCGCGUGGUCCCAGAAAACCAAUUAUGCCCUCCACAGGCUGGAAGAAAGCAUUCCGAAGCUAAUCUAGAUCCAUUAUCAAUGAUCCAUCACUCAAGUACUUGUGAUGUGAUACAAGCUCAUACGAGAAUAUCGGAACUUUGCGAUAAGCGCCGAAAAUGUACAGUUGUCGUAGAUUCAAACACAUUUGAAGAUGAUCCGUGCCCAACAACUUCAAAAUAUCUUCAGAUGGCAUAUGGUUGCAUUCCAAUGUCUUUCGAUGAGGAAACAUUUUGUACUCCAAAGCCCACUGAUCCACCUCGUCCAGAGAUUCGUUUAGAGUGUAGGGAAGGUAGACGGUUGGCUGUGUAUUCCGCACAAAUGAAGACAUCGCCUCAAUGUGAUCCCGAAACCGAAAUUAGACAUGAAUGCGUCUCAGACGUCUUACCUCAAGUACUUCGUCAAUGCCACGCCAAGGAAGGGUGCACACUAAAAAGUGAUGGCAUAAAAGGUCAUUGCAGACAUGGGCAUCUUCAUGUCGUUUAUGUUUGUGUUAACGAGGAGAUAUUCUCAGAGGAGGCCAUCAAAGGCGAGCUGACCUCAUUGGAAACUUAUUUGAAGGAAGCCGACGCAAUGCAAAAACAGGAUGACGAACGAUUUUUCAAGGAUGUCAAUGAUAAGACACAGUGGGAAAGAGUGGUGGAUAGUGAGCCGGCUAAGGAUCCCGAUGUACAUCAAAUUGCUAACGAUGCUUCCUAUGUAACCCAUGACGAGUAUCGAAUGGAAAAGCAAGAUCCUCCUCCAAUAACGGAAAGAGUGGAACCAAACCUAGUGGGUGUUGGGCACGAUCUUCUUCAAGUUGUUCAGUUCUUUAAAGAAAACAAAGAGAAGGCGGUCAUGUGUAUUGUGUUAGCCGUGAGUAUGGCUGCAAUUGUUGUGCUCUCCGCGUGUAUCAUCACUCGACUGUGUUCCUCAAACAAGGAUAGUUCGAGGAGCUCAAGGAGAAGCAGAAGUAGAAGGUCACUGGAGACUAGCAAAUUGGUGUCAAGUAAUUAUGGUGGCUCAAUCACUCCACAGCACAUGAUGCAAGACAUUGAAGACGAGCAGUUCCUCCGAUUUUCGAUGGGUUCCGCAGCAACAUCCAAUCCACAUUAUAGUCACUAUGAUUUUUAAAUCUAAUUCCUCUCACAUCCAUAACUCUUGUCUUACUUCUACGGGUUCAUCUAGUCACUUCUAAUUGUUGGAAAUCAUUGCUUUCGAUAUAAAAAUUGUUUCAGUAAAACAUUUUAAAGUCACAAAUAAUGAUUCAGUUGAUA